AUGGGCCACAAAGGUUUUCAAGUUCAACAUUUCAAGUUCAUUUGAAAUUCCUAAUUUUCAAUGUUGCUGUGAAACAAUUUACCCUAUUUGUGUAGCUAUACAUCAUGUGGAAAUAUCAGUGCACACACUGAAUUCGGAACAAUUUGUCUCACACCAAGUCCUCUUUAGCCCGGUCAGACUCAUCGUGAGCAGCAUAUCGGCACAUAUGUUAGAUAGCUUGUCCACCGCCCACCAAGAGCACACUUAAUAAACCUCCUUACACUAACCCUUGAAUCUCCUCCAAAGGAACCAAGUGGUAACAUACAUUUCAAACAGUAACGCUCAGGGCAUUUCUCAUGAAGCAUUAAUCAUAAGAUAAAAGUCCAAAGAGUAAAGGAUUAGUGGGGAUGGAAAAGCAUUCAAGAAUUUGACCAAUAACCUUGUCUGAGCUCUCCAAGUGAUCUCCCAACAGUUUCAGCCCAGGACCCACCCAUAAAUCCACUUCAUUACUCUCAGGUCAUAAAUAUCGCCGGCUCUUCUCCGAAUUGGAGUGUUUGCACUCAAAAAGAGAGCAAAGGUUGCUUAUGAUUCAUUAUUUAUUCACUCUGAACAGGCAUGAGAUCAAUAACAAACCUUUUCAAGCAAAUCAAAUCAAAGUUGAUGGCCAUACGUGUUAAGCCAUCAUCACGUCUAGGAGUGCAGCCCAUAUAAAGUAAAGUGUCUCUGUGUGUUUCCCCCCCAGAGGUGGCUGUAAUCUUCCCCCAGGACCCAGCAUUGUGGAUGGGCUCCAGCCUGACGGCCACGUGCACAGUGAGCCCCGAGCGGGGGCUGCAUGCCAACACUAUGUACUGGACCCUUAACGGGAAGAGACUCCCAAGUAGCACCUACGGCCUGCUGAGCCCCAACGGCCUCAGUGUCACCCUCCACCGCCUCAACGGCUCCCAGCAGCAGUCUGGGGACAACCUGGUGUGUCACAGCGGAGAUGGACAUGUCCUGGCUGGGUCCUGUCUGUACGUGGGCAGUAAGUGUCAGACUGGGCCUGUAGGCCUCAACCACUUAAAUUUUUCAGUACAUUUAAUCCACAUCAACAUGAUCCUUUGUUGCUUUAAAUUAUAUUCCCCUCCAGAUUUAGUCCCUCCUUAAAUUUGGGUGAAAAUGACACAUCUGAACCAAUUCUCUGAUGUUCUGAGAAACUGUGUUAUGAUGCUUCAUGGUGCAUUAAAAUGGGUGUGCUCAAAAGGACAGUGCUGUGGGGUAACAAGGAGAUAUUGGCAAAUGCAUUUGUUUGUUUGCAUCAAUACUGUCUGAGUAAGCAGCUCAGGGCUUUGCAUUUACAAAGAGAUUAUUGUUAUUUUUUUGCCUUUUUGAUGAUAAGCUGUGUGUUUGCUAUGAUUUUAAGGAAACACGGAACACUCCGAUUGGCACGUGUUUUUCUGUUGCUCAUUAGGAAAACAAGAUUUCAGUCUUGGAGGUGUGUUUUCUGACCGAUUCCGCGUUCGGUUAAUGAUGUUUGUCCCCCAUGAGACACUGUAAGCCUAUUUCACCUUCUCAAAAUCCCUGGAAUUAAUCUAAGAUAACUCAAGAAAUCUGUAAUUAAUUUUGACGUUUUUGCCGAAUAUGUUUUAGUUGCGCAAUUUUACAUCUAACUAAAAUGUUUGGUGCAGUAUUUCUCAAGUUAAAAAAUGUGCGACGUGUUGUUUUAUGUAAACAAAGUCGGCCUGCUGGGCAGGUCUGUCUCACUGUCUAUGCUAUUGGAUAGAGAGAAAACACUGCAUCUGUUCACCCCAUGUUAGAGGGCAAAUGUACAUCGUCACAUCAAAACCCAACCUUCAUUUACCCAUUGUGACGCACAGAUGCUCCAAACUCCGUUUUAGACGAGACAAAAUGAUCCUAUUUACACUUUGUACUCAAUUUUGACACUAGAAUAACUAUUUCUGACUCAUAUCGAUGCCACAUAGGCCGUUUUCAAGGCAGUCGCUCUUUAAAGCCUGUUAUAUUACCACACUCUAAUCUGUAGUGUCUCCCAGCACUGGCUUAAGUACAUUAUACAUUACAGGUAAUGUUUCACUCAUCCAGAAAUAUUUGCAAACAAACAACAGAGCCCAUUUCAAAAUAAGUUAUUUUAUUAAAAUCAUAAUGUACAGAGCCUACUCUGUCUGUCUUUCAAUCAUACCCCCAAAGCCUCAGUUUAGCUGCUCAGUAGGUUGUAAUCAGCACCACUACUUUGCUUCUCUCUCUCUACAUCUGUGUUUGAUAGUCUAUCAUUGAGAGGAAAUGAGACAGGCAGCUAAAUCCUCUAGCCUGUUGUCUGAGGUUAAGUAAUGUGCCAGUGCAGGGGUGUCAAACAUACGGUCCACAUGCCGGAUCCGGGCCGCAAAAUAAUAAAAUAAUAAAAUAAUAAUCAAUAAAUAAAAUAUACAAUUCGUAUUUUUAUUUAUUAUAAAUAUUUUUUGGGGUCGGAGGAAACAAACUCGAUAUACUUUAAAAUGACUAAAACCAAAUCGAAACUCCGUAGAAAUUCAUACAGUUUCUUGACCGUGUCCAGCUCACUAAUAAUCACCGAAAUGAAAGCUAUACAGUCAGGGAGCUUCAAAAUGUUUUGCUAAUUGAAUGGCGAGGAAAUAUAACCAAUUUUCAGUGCAGCCCUCCGGACCUCGUUGAUGACCGAAUGUGCCCCCCAGGGCAAAAUGAGUUUGACACCCCUGUGCCAGUGUGUCAUUAUGGGAUUGAGUGACCAUUUAUACCUGUUGUGAUAGGAACUACUAUAGUGAUGUAUUUGUUGUGGUUCAAACCACUUUGUUUAAUGCAUACUAGGGAUUAUGAGUGACAAUGCAUGCUUUGUAUGAUAAACAACCACUGUGAUUAGCUACUGAGAGAACCAUGUCUUUUCACUGUUAAUGUGCAGUGCCCCCGGAGAAGCCAGUCAACCUAACCUGCUGGUCCCGAAAUACAAAGGACCUGAGCUGCAAGUGGACCCCCGGGGGUCGGGGUGAAACCUUCAUCAAAACCAAAUACACCCUCAAGUACAAAUUGAGGUGAGCGCCACAGAUCUCCAGCAUCUCCCAGGUGAUCACCCAACCCACCAUAAUUUCUGCCUAGAAACAAUGAUAGAUGCAUCACCUGGAACACAAUUACUUUAUUUUACUCACUAGAGGCCUAUGUCAUUAUGGUGAUGCAUUUCAAAGACUGCAAUACUGGCUUUUUGUACUGCAGCUAGCUGUGUAAUGGACUUUCAUUUGACUCGUAAUGCCACUUGUACUGUUAACAUUUCAUGGUCCAGAGCACACUGAAAAUGUUACGCUUUACUAGCUGUUGGCAGUACAUUAUAUUGACAAUUUUAGUACAGAUAUGAUUGACUUCACGUUGCUGUGUGUUCUUUGCAGGUGGUACGGGCAAGAGAGGGAAUGUGAGGAAUACAGCACGGGGCAACGCUACACGUGUUACAUCCCUCGGGACUUGGCCCUCUUUACUCCCUACGAGAUCUGGGUGGAGGCGUCCAAUCAGCUGGGGACUUCCACCUCUGAUGUCAUCACUCUGGAUAUCCUGGAUGUGGGUAAGUGGAGUGAGCCUUUGGCCCAGUCUCCCUCCUGCUCCCCAGCCCGCCACAUCCCGCCCUCACCAGAGUGGGCAGGGCAUGAAAGUGUCCCGUCAACAUAGUGACAAGAGGUAGCGGGAUGGAUGCUUCCGCUCCCCCAUGUUACAUGAGUCCUUCAUGAGCUCAGCCGUUCCUUUUUCUCUCCUCCUCCCUCACUUCACUCACCGCCAGAUCUCCUGCAUAUGGCUAACACACUUUCAUGUGAGAAAGGAAUUUUAUGUGUUCUGAAUUCAUCCCUAUAACAAUAUAAUCGAUUCUGGCUGUGAUUAUCAAAGAUACACUGACCUGUCGUAAAAGUUCACUGAACACCAGACGUAUGGCAAAAGUGAUAAACAAAUGAUGAUGGAUAGAUAAGGUUGAGGACACAAAACGAAAUAUCACUUGUUAAUUCCAACAACAUUUAGCUUGGCUUUGUACAUUUUGGUCUUGUAUUGCAAUGUUCCAAUAAUGAUCAUAAGCCAUAUGUUGCAGUGUUGUAUAGCCUGAGGAUUAAGGCGUGUCCCUGUGGGUAGAAAGAAAACAGUAAGCAAUUGACCUUUGUGUUGCUUUGUUACAUCCCUACUGUACCUGACACAUCUAGAGACCACAGGUAGGUUGGUCAGAAGAGAGAGGAUUCCUAUAACAUGCGUCACUAACCUCUUGUUUCUUCACCCUCUCCACAACGGAAACAAGCUGUGGAAUUUUUCUGUGGAAUCUUCCUUGAUGUUCUGCUCCCCCGGGGGUGAACCUGGUCAAACCAAUAAAGUGUAUCAGUAAACAAACAACAAGGCAAACCUAAAAUGAAGGGGGCUAUAGACUUAUAGAAAAUCACAAAUGGGCUGCUGACAUUUUUAUAUGAUUCGCUCUCUUUCUCUCUCUCCCUCUCUCUCCUCCCCCUCUUUCCCUCUAUCAGCGGCAUCAAAGUACUUUACUUCGUUGAGAGCCUUAUUGCGGAGGGAAAACAUGUUUUUUUAAUGCUGGAGCAAGGGACAAAAGUACUGUGUGCAUAAAUCAUCAGACUGGGGAGAGAAGGCAGAAACAGACACUGACCUGAUUACCCUGCUUCCAUAACUACACUCAUUAAAAGGACUGGGAGAGGGAGAGAAAGAGAAGGCAAGAGAGACAAGAAGAGAGGGGGCAGGGGGAGAGAGAGAAGGAGAGUGAGGAGUAGAAGGAGAGAAAGAAAGGGAGGGAGAGAGAAAGAAAGAGAGAGAGAAUGAUACUGGGAGUGAGCGAGGAUCAGAUGUGGUGGAUAGACUGAAAUAAAGUGAACUUAAGGAGAGAAGCAAAGUGUUCUGUCAGAGUACAUGAGGGAGACAGUGUUGGUGCUGGACAACAGUACAGCCCAGCCCAGCCCUGACAUUGAACAUUCAUCAGCAUGUUUUAUUCAAGCAUGGUGGUUGUGGUGUCUAGAAAUAGCUGUAGUGUCUUUACAGUGUGGUACAAUAUUUACCAGGUUUCUCAGAGGGGAGAGUGCUUUCAGGUACACUCUGUUGGGGCCAUCCAAAGGAUGCUGAUCAGUCCUCUACUUGUUUGGUCAGAAAUACAGAACAUAAUGUACUGCAAAACCUUAAACAACAAAGAUAACAUUUUCAAUGCACAGGAUCUUAGUGCUCAUGAAGCAGUGCUGAGAGUGUGAUAUACUCUAUGUACUGAAUUUUGUACUGAGUUUUGUGUUCCGUAGUCUUGGCACAUAACUACACAGCUUUGUGACUAACCUGUGUCUACUUCCCUGUUGUUUCAGUGACUACAGACCCUCCAGACAACGUCCAUGUGAGUCGUGUGGGGGAGCUUGAGGACCAGCUGACAGUGCGUUGGGGCAGCCCCCCGGCACUUAAAGACUUCCUCUUCCAGGCCAAAUACCAGAUACGCUACCGACUGGAAGACAGCACUGAAUGGAAGGUAGAGUAGUACUUUAUUUCAACAUUCAGACACAGUUAUCUCUCUAUUGCUAUCUAUUCUCUCUCUCUGUCUCUAUAAUACAGUGCACCAUCUAUGGCAUCUUUUAUCUGUGUAAAUAUUUGAGAUGCAUGAGUGUCAGGAACUCUCAAGGGACUAUAGAGCUUUAUUUUGUCUGUCAAGCCAAGCUUGUGCAUGCUUGUUUGUGGGUUCUGUUUCCACUGAAACACAAAAGUGUUAUGUGUGAAAAAUCUGAUUUCUACUACCUAACAUGUGUUGUUGUUAAUAGCUUCACUGUGAGCAUGUUUUUACAGUUGAAGUCUGAAGUUUACAUACACUUAGGUUGGAGUCAUUAAAACCCUUUUUUCAACCACUCCACAAUUUUCUUGUUAACAAACUAUAAUUUUAGCAAGUUGGUUAGGACAUCUACUUUGUGCAUGACACAAGUAAUUUUUCCAACAAUUGUUUACAGAGAUUAUUUCACUUAUAAUUCACUGUAUCACAAUUCCAGUGGGUCAGAAGUUUACUUACACUAAGUUGACUGUGCCUUUAAACAGCUUGGAAAAUUCCAGAAAAUUAUGUCAUGGCUUUAGAAGCUUCUGAUAGGCUAAUUGACAUCAUUUGAGUCAAUUGGAGGUGUACCUGUGGAUGUAUUUCAAGGCCUACCUUCAAACUCAGUGCUCGUUUGCUUGACAUCAUGGGAAAAUCAAAAGAAAUCAACCAAGACCUCAGAAAAAAAAUUGUAGACCUCCAGAAGUCUGGUUCAUCCUUGGGAGCAAUUUCCAAACGCCUGAAGGUACCACGUUAAUCUGUACAAACAAUAGUACGCAAGUAUAAACACCAUGGGACCACGCAGCCGUCAUACCGCUCAGGAUGGAGACAUGUUCUGUCUCCUAGAGAUUAACGUACUUUGGUGCAAAAAGUGCAAAUCAAUCCCAGAACAACAGCAAAGGACAGUUGAAGUCGGAAGUUUACAUACACCUUAACCAAAUACAUUUAAACUCAGUUUUUCACAAUUCCUGACAUUUAAUCCUAGUAAAAAUUCCCUGUCUUAGGUCAGUUAGGAUCACCACUUUAUUUUAAGAACGUGAAAUGUCAGAAUAAUAGUAGAGAGAAUGAUUUAUUUCAGCUUUUAUUUCUUUCAUCACAUUCCCAGUGGGUCAGAAGUUUACAUACACUCAGUUAGUAUUUGGUAGCAUUGCCUUUUAAUUGUUUAACUUGGGUCAAAUGUUUCGGGUAGACUUCCACAAGCUUCCCACAAUAAGUUGGGUGAAUUUUGGCCCAUUCCUCCUUACAGAGCUGGUGUAACUGAGUCAGGUUUGUAGGCCUCCUUGCUCGCACAUGCUUUUUCAGUUCUGCCCACACAUUUUCUAUAGGAUUGAGGUCAGGGCUUUAUGAUGGCUACUCCAAUACCUUAACUUUGUUGUCCUUAAGCCAUUUUGGCACAACUUUGGAAGUAUGCUUGGGGUCAUUGUCCAUUUGGAAGACCCAUUUGCGACCAAGCUUUAACUUCCUGACUGAUGUCUUGAGAUGUUACUUCAAUCUAUCCACAUAAUUUUCCUUCCUCAUGAUGCCAUCUAUUUUGUGAAGUGCACCAGUCCCUCCUGCAGCAAAGCACCCCCACAGCAUGAUGCUGCCACCCCCGUGCUUCACGGUUGGGAUGGUGUUCUCCGGCUUGCAAGCUAUCCCCUUUUUCCUCCAAACAUAAUGAUGGUCAUUAUGGCCAAACAGUUCUAUUUUUGUUUCAUCAGACCAGAGGACAUUUCUCCAAAAAGUACGAUCUUUGUCCCCAUGUGCAGUUGCAAACCGUAGUCUGGCUUUUUUAUGGCGGUUUUGGAGCAGUGGCUUCUUCCAUGCUGAGCGGCCUUUCAGGUUAUGUUGAUAUAGGACUCGUUUUACUGUGGAUAUAGAUACUUUUGUACCUGUUUCCUCCAGCAUCUUCACAAGGUCCUUUGCUGUUGUUCUGGGAUUGAUUUGCACUUUUCGCACCAAAGUACGUUCAUCUCUAGGAGACAGAACAUGUCUCCUUCCUGAGCGGUAUGACUUCUGCAUGGUCCCAUGGUGUUUAUACUUGCGUACUAUUGUUUGUACAGAUGAACGUGGUACCUUCAGGCGUUUGGAAAUUGCUCCCAAGGAUGAACCAGACUUGUGGAGGUCUACAUUUUUUUCUGCGGUCUUGGCUGAUUUAUUUUGAUUUUCCCAUGAUGUCAUGCAAAGAGGCACUGAGUUUGAAGGUAGGCCUUGAAAUACAUCCACAGGUACACCUCCAAUUGACUCAAAUGAUGUAAAUUAGCCUAUCAGAAGCUUCUAAAGUCAUGACAUAAUUUUCUGGAAUUUUCCAAGCUGUUUAAAGGCACAGUCAACUUAGUGUAUGUAAACUUCUGACCCACUGGAAUUGUGAUACAGUGAAUUAUAAGUGAAAUAAUCUGUCUGUAAACAAUUGUUGGAAAAAUUACUUGUGUCAUGCACAAAGUAGAUGUCCUAACCGACUUACCAAAACUAUAGUUUGUUAACAAGAAAUUUGUGGAGUGGUUGAAAAACUAGUUUUAAUGACUCAAACCUAAGUGUAUGUAAACUUCUGACUUCAACUGUAUUUUCUUUGAUAUUGUGCUCAGUUGGUGGAUGAUGUAGGUAACCAGACAUCGUGCCGGCUAGCAGGGCUAAGGGCAGGGACGGUAUACUUUGUCCAGGUGAGGUGUAACCCAGUGGGGAUCUAUGGCUCCAGGAAGGCUGGGAUCUGGAGUGACUGGAGCCAUCCUACAGCUGCUUCCACACCCCACAGUGGUGGGUAAAGAUUUACAUUGCACUUGAAGGGGAAGGAUAUUAUUAGGGCUUAUAACGCUGCAUUAUCAUUUAGUUACAUCAGACAUACAGUAUAUUCUUGCGGGGGCAAUUAUGACAUUCGUGAGCACUUGUUACAUCAUCUAUUUUCAAUGCAAUUAAUGGGAUAUUAAUAAAAUGAUCUUCAAUAGUGCACACUGAAGAUAUUAUUGUGGGAGAUAUGUCGUAAUCUUUAAUACUUCCCAAAGUUUAUGUUUUAGAUCAAACAGUAUUAUAGCUCAUAAGCCAUGGGAAAUAAAAACUGCCCUCUAAUAAUCAACAUUUCAUUGCCAAAUAAACCAAAAAACAAUAACCUCAUCCCAGAUUAGGCUUCAACAUCCUGGGAAAAUUAGAUCUAAACCGUAUGUGACCCCAGAAAGCCAAACAUCAAAUGACACGAUAGAGAUCUUUCAUCCGAGGAUUAAAAGAACUCAAGCUGAAAUUGCAAAGAGCUGAGGGGGACAUCUGAUAGAUAGAUUUUUCACUUUCGUUAGCCUUGAAAGAUUGAUCAAGUCAAAAUGCAGUCUGUCAGUUGCACACAGGGCAUUAACACUGAGUGGAAACAGAUUUGGGGAAUACAACAGCAGAUAAUAGGUUACAUAGGUUAUGUGGUAUUUACUUUCAAGGGGAAGGAAGUUGUUAUCAGGCUCUGUUGUUUGCCAUUGAGUAUUGGUUGUGGCAGGCUUUAUAAUGUUGCCCUCUACACUGGAAGUGCACCAGAUUCAUUUUGUGAAUCCCUUUUUAUUGUAGUCAUAUCAAAUCUAUUGUAAUCAAAUCGACUAUUCUCAAUACUCAGGAGAAUGACCUUUCACAAUAGCCAGAGCCCAGAGGUCAUGCUGAGUUCUUAGCCCUGUGUGAGCCACUGACCAAUCUGGUCCCAGCUUGUUUAGUUGUAGGAAGAGACAGUGGGUUCAAUUCAAUUAAACCUAAAUUGAGGUGUUUACGUGAUAGCUAUUUUUCCCCAUGGUCAAACAAAAUCACAUAAUGGCUCCAGGUACUGCAGGUAGUGUGUGGACAGGAUGCAGGAACUAUCCUCUCUUUCUAACCUUGUCCUUGACCACACUGCUGCCUUCCUUCCUUCCUUUUCCCUGGGCAGAGCCGCUGCAGAGUGGGUCAUGUGACCCCAAGUCGGGCGAGCAGAACUCCACCCUGCGACGGGAGCUCAAGCAGUUCUUUGGCUGGGUCCGCAAACACGCCUGCGGCUGCAGCGGCAUGUCAAUCAAACUCUAUGACCAGUGGCGGGUGUGGCUGCAGAAAUCGCAUAAAACGCGCAACCAUGUA